AUGUACGAAGUUGAAGAAAUUGAAGAACAUUUUGCACCUAUAUCAGGUGUUGAUACGGGUUCGAUUUCGGAAAAAUCCGAUUUCGAUGACGAUUCAUGUAUUGAAAUUAUUUCCAAUAUCGAUGAGAAUGAAAAUGAAUCAGUUAAAUUGGCAAAUUAUCUGCAACUGAAUUCGGAUAGCGACGAAGACAUUGAUCAAGAUUAUUCAUCGACUCCAUCUGCUACACUUGUUGAUUAUUUAUCAUCAGAAGUAUCCAGUGACAAUGGAAAUAUCUCACAAUCGUUUGAUCAACUGGCCACUUCUAACAAACAAUGCAAUAUCGAUCCUAUGUUUACUUCAUUAUCAACCAUCGUCAAGAAGCGGAAACGUCGUCAAUGGACUGUGGCCGAAAAAUUACAUGCAGUCACUUGUUUCGAACAAAACAACAACAAACACAAAACGGCCCAACAAAUUGGGUGUGCAACAGAACAACUUCACAUGUGGAUUAAGAACAAAAAUGAAUUAGUUGCAUUGCCAUCUCGAAAAAAAGGCAAUAAACGCAAGCAUCUCGACAGAGGUGGUAAGAAAUUAACAUACGUCGGUCUGGACUCCCGUUUAUUCACUUGGUAUCGUGAAAAACGUACUGAUCCUGCAUCAACAACAAAUGCUUCUGAUGCAGGGGAAGAACGUCGUCGCGAUAUUCUAAACAGUUGUCAGGCAUGA